CUCUCUUCUGAGGAAACGAAACUGAUCAGAGUCUGUCUGUGUGAGAGUGAACAACCGUCCAAAUGGCUCAACAGGGAGAUCUGCUGGACCAGGACCAGUUCUGUUGUUCUGUCUGUCUGGAUCUACUGAAGGAGCCGGUCACUAUUCCCUGUGGACACAGUUACUGUAGGAGCUGUAUUGAGGGCUGCUGGGAUCAGGAUGUUCUGAAAGGGGUCUAUAGCUGUCCUCAGUGCAGAGAGACCUUCACUCCAAGGCCUAAUCUGAGGAAAAAUAACAUGUUGGCUGAGCUGGUGGAGAAACUGAAGAAGCCAGGACUCCAGGCUGCUCCCCCUCCUGCUCUGUGCUAUGCUGGACCUGGAGAUGUGGCGUGUGAUUUCUGCACUGGGACCAGAAAGCAGAAAGCCCUCAUGUCCUGUCUGGUGUGUCUGGCCUCUUACUGUGAGACUCACCUCCAACCUCACUAUGAAUCUCCUGCUUUCAAGAAGCACAAGCUGGUCAAAGCCACGGCACAACUACAGGAGAAGAUCUGCUCUCAUCAUGACAAACUGCUGGAGGUUUACUGUCGUACCGAUCAGCAGUGUAUCUGUCUGCUGUGUACAAUGGAUGAACAUAAAGGCCAUGAUACAGUGUCAGCUGCAGCAGAGAGGACUGGGAAACAGAGGCAGCUGGGGAUGAGUCAGCAGAAGGUCCAGCAGAAAUUCCAGGAGAGAGAGAAGGAGCUGAAAGAGCUCCAACAGGCUGUGGAGUCUCUCAAGCGCUCUGCACAGUCAGCAGUGGAGGACAGUGAUCAGAUCUUUACUGAGCUGAUCCGCUCCAUUGAGAGAAGGAGCUCUGAGGUGAAGGAGCUGAUCAGAGCCCAAGAGAAGGCUCAAGUGAGUCAAGCUGAAGGACUCCUGGAGCAACUGAAGCAGGAGAUAGCUGAGCUGAGGAAGAGAAGCACUGAGCUGGAGCAGCUCUCACACACAGAGGAUCACAUCCAUUUCCUCCAGAUUCCUGUCAGCUCACACUGGACCCAAACACAGCAGGCACACUCCUCUCUCUGUCUAAAGGGAACAGAAAGUAUCAUUGAUCAGCUUGUUGGCUCGGUCCUAAUUGAUGUGUUCUCUGUCACCUGGAGCUGCAUGGAAAAUGGUCCAGGAACUAAAGGACAAUUCAGGACUAGUCAGCCCACUACAAGCUGGUAUCACUUACUUUCUACUAAACUAUAUGGUCUGGUUUCCCAGACACAGAUGAAUCCUAGUCCUGGACUAAACAGUAUGUUCAAUGUAGAUGUCCAGGAAACCGGCCCUAAAUGUGUCAUCUUUCAUCCUCCCAUACUGCUCAGUCCAGCAACAUUAAACCUGUCCAGCAGGUGGUGCUGUUGACCAAACAAUAAAACCAGCAGAUAUCUUGACUUGCCACUCAGUAUAUCAGUAAUGUUCAGAAUAGUACUUUAAUAUCAUUGGAGAUUGAUGGUCUUUUUAAUCCACUAUCCAGAGUCAGGAACAGAUGAAGUUAGGUCUGCUACUGUUCAGUGAUUAAAUAUGAUUUAUGGUGAUGGGAAAUAAUAAAAAACACUCAACUUCAUCUAGU